AGAUAUCAUUUAUGCAUUAAAGAAUACCAGUCAAAUAAGUGUUUACCUCCGAAUAAAAUGACAGCAGCACGUUGCUUUCAUAAAGUUUCUUCCAUAUUCCGACGUUUUAGUAUUUCAAAUGAAACUUAUCGGUGUAUUCAUUCUGGUCCACAACUCUCUAGUAGAUUUGAUUUACCAGAUGUAAAAGAUGAAGACGAUCUGUACGUAGAAAACCAAAUUGAAGAUGACAUUGGAAACAGUCCCCAAGAUUUUAGAAAGAAAGACAUGCAGCAAAGAAAACAAAAAGGAAGCAUACAAAAAAAAGUAGAUGAGAAUUAUAGAAGGUUCAUUAAGAGCAACAUCAUUGCAAAGAAAGAGAGGAAGCUUUACGAUGGUCCCAAGAUGCCUAACCUGCUGACAUAUGCUGCACGUGCCCAGAUAGUUCACCUUCACGAGGAGGAUCCCAUUUACUGGACACCAGAGAUGCUGGCUGAUAGCUUCCCAGCAAAUCCUUAUGCCAUCAAGGAAAUACUCAGAACAUUUAAAAAGCGUCGACCAAUAGAUGAAUGGGAAAUCUACAAGCAUGAUCAACGAGUCUACAACAACUGGCUGAAGCUGAGGCAAGCACAGCUAGAGGAAGGGGGACCAAUUGAUCCAGCCUAUAGGCUACUGGUUGCAAGUGAGAAGGUAGGGUUGAUGGUAAAUGCUGCAGGGGCCAGGUCCCUACCCAUGCCGGACCUCAAAAAGGCACUUCUUACUCAGAGGGAACUGGCAGAGCAGCUGAAACCCAAAGUGGCUCCCAUCUUUAGCUCUCUGUUGGAGGAGGGAAAAGGGAGGCAACUGGGGAACACCAGUAAUACUCCUCAAGGGAGAGAACAAACAACACAUGGGAGAUUUGGAAAUCACAAAGGGAGAGAUUUUUCAGGUCCUUUUGGUGGAGAGGGAAAUAUUGCUUCACCAGAGAAUGAUGGACCUGAAUCAAAUUUUAACAAUUCUGAUUGUGAAAGACUAUUGAAAGAGAUUUCUCAGCAAGCUGGUGGGACUGAUGAAAUUCACACAUAUAAAGAUAAUUCAGAGGAAUCAAAGAGUAAUAGAAAUAAUUUGUCCGCUAAUAUAAAGCAUCUAAAAGAUAAAACAAGAAUUAAUAAAUCUUCCCUAUCCUACACAAAGGAUGAUUAUGCUGUUCUUGAUACUCCAAACAAUAUGAGAAUGAAAAAAUCAAACAGUGGAAUAUAUAAUGAUUCACUAGAUUCAAAAACAUUGAAAUUCAGUCACAAAAUCAAGGAUGAAUCUGUAAAAAGGGUAAAAAGCAUGUACGGUAAACAACGGAAAACAACAACUAGGUCAAACUUGGUGGAGGAAAAAAAUCUCUUUGGUGUAGAAGGGGAAAAGAACUCAGAAGAGAGGGAAGAUGAGAUAUCUGCAGCUCUGUCAGGUGGUCUUGAAGAUAUAGACAUACUCAGUAGGGACAAAAGGAAGGUACUUGGUAGCAGGUUACGUAUACGGCGGAGGGAUAAGAUUGAAGAUGAAUGAACUUAAAAUGCAUAAAUGAAAAGGCACAUGAGACUAGACACAUUAUUGAGCCAUCGUCUAAUUCCCAAUAACCAGGAAUAGUUUAAAGUUGAAGUUUGGGGGUGCUGAAGUUUACCUGGUUAAUAUCUAUGAUUUUUAGCUCACAUAGGCACAAAGUGCUCUUGUGAGCUAUUGUGAUCACCUCAUUUUCAGCGGCAUACAUCAUGUGUCAUCAACUUUUAGCUACUAUUGCAUAAGAGGCCAUAUGUUUUCAUCUAAUCUUGAUGAAACUUGCUCAGAAUGUGUAUUUUGAAAAUAUAUAGGCUGAGUUUGAAUUUGCUUCAUGUGUUUAUAAAAACAAGGUAACCAGGUCAAAUCUUAUUAAAAAAACUUGUGAUCAGUUUAGAUGCCACAUUUAUGACUCAAUUUUGAUGAAACUUUUUAUAUCAGUGUACAAUGUAGACCGAAAUCCUAUCUGGGUAAUGUGAGUCCAAAAACUUGGACACCUGAUCAAAUCAUGUUAUGAUUGUAGAAGCCAUAUUUAAAAAUAGUUCAGCAGGUCAAAUCUUUAAACAAAAUUGUAACUACUCUAUAGACCACAAUAAUGAGUCCAUCUUGAUGAAACUUGGUCAAAAUGUUGAUACUGACCAUAUCUUAGCAAAGUUUGAUUAUGGGUCUAUAGCAGCAAAAAACUAGGUCACCUUGUCAAAUCUUUAAAAAAUAUUUGUCUCAAUCUUGAUGAAACUUUGUUAUCUUGAAAAGUAAGUUUAUCUAGAUAAUUCCUAGGUCAAGUUCCAAUCUGGGUCACGUGUCCAAAGAUUAGGUCACCAUGUCAAGUUUCAAUAACUGUUUUUUUCUUGAACUCAAGGGAGUACUUCAGGGCCCCAUGGCUUUCUGGUAUUUUAUAAUUGUUAUUGAUGAAGCCAUGUUGUUAUGAUUAUUUAUUUUUGUACAGUUGUUGAAAAGCUAUAAACAUUAAUAAAAAUUAGCAUCAGAAAA